UAGUCAACAUGUUUAAAAUUGUGUUAUUCUUUGUUUUAUAUUUUAGUUUUUCGAUUGCCAAACAUGAACAUUACGAUGGCUACGUCGUUUAUCAAAUCACUGUAACUGAUAAACAACAAGCAGAACGAGUUUAUACAUUAGAAAAUGAGUUGCUAUUGGACGUUUGGUUGUACGCAGCUCCGACGAUUCCUGGAUUGGUCCUCGUUCCAGGACCUAUGAGAGAACGCUUUCAGUCUGAAGUUGCAGCUAUCGGAGAUACCAAUAAGCCAGUUAUAAUGUUACAAUCUUUGCUACACGCACGCGAAUGGGUAACCUUACCAGUUACUUUAUAUGCCAUCGAGAAACUAGUUAUUGAUAUCACGGAUAAAAAUUUGGUUGACAACAUUGACUGGAUCAUUUUACCCAUCGCCAAUCCCGAUGGAUAUGAAUUCAGCCAUGAACAUCUCCGUUUCUGGAGGAAGAAUCGUUCAACUGGCCACACCAUUACUAACUUAUGCGUUGGCGUUGAUCUCAAUCGCAACUUUGGCUACAAUUUUGGCUUAUGGUCUAGUGAUAUUGCUUGCUCCGAAGCGUACCAUGGCAAAGGUCCUUUCUCUGAACCGGAGAGUCAGGCCGUCCGCAGCAUUGUCCUGGAGCACUCGAACCGUUUGGAGCUAUAUUUUGAUGUCCACAGUCAUGGUAGCAUUAUUCUCUACGGCUACGGUGAUGGUAUUCUUCCACCUAAUGGUUUGACUAUACAUUUAGUAGCUGUAAGAAUAGCUCAAGCUAUUGAUGCUGUCAAAUGGCCUUCAAAACCGAAUUACAGUGUUGGUAACAUAGCUUUGACAUUUGCGAAUGUAUCAGGAACAGCAAUGGAUUACGUUCAAGGGAUAGGUGUACCACUUUCUUAUAUCCAUGAAAUGCCAGCACAUAGAAAUGAAAAUAAUAGUCUUACUGGUACUCUGGUAGAUCCGGAUUAUAUUGAACAAGCUGGCUAUGAAACUUGGGAAGGUAUUAAAGUUGGUGCAAGAUGGGUUCUAGAAAAUUCUAGAAGGAACAAACAUUAAUAUUUUUAUUGGCAUAAUGUAAUUGCUUGUAUAAUGGUAUUUA